GCCCCUUGCUUGCCUCUUUACGUCUCCGGCUGCCGUAGUGAGAGGAGCCGCCGCCAUGUCCGCCCACCUGCAGUGGAUGGUCGUGCGGAACUGCUCCAGCUUCCUGAUCAAGAGGAACAAGCAGACCUACAGCACUGAGCCCAACAACCUGAAGGCUCGCAACUCGUUCCGCUACAACGGGCUGAUUCACCGCAAGACCGUGGGCGUGGAACCGGCGGCCGACGGUAAAGGCGUGGUGGUGGUCAUGAAGCGGAGAUCCGGCCAGCGGAAACCCGCCACCUCCUACGUUCGAACCACCAUCAACAAGAAUGCCCGGGCCACCCUCAGCAGCAUCCGGCACAUGAUCCGCAAGAACAAGUACCGCCCAGAUCUGCGCAUGGCUGCCAUUCGCAGAGCCAGCGCCAUCCUGCGCAGCCAGAAGCCUGUGAUGGUGAAGAGGAAGCGGGCCCGCCCCACCAAGAGUUCCUGAGCACCUGCCCCUGCCUCUAAAGCAAUAAAGAUGUCAACCUCCUCA